UGAAAGUUCAUUAUAUAAAUACUGGCGAUUUCCAGUUAAGAUUUUUGCUUUUCUAUUUAUAAAAGGAUUAGUGAUCAACCAUUUUAUCCAAGAUGCUGGCUUUAGUUUUGGGACUUGUGUACCUGGUCAGUGGACGCACGGUGGGAAGCCAAGACUUAACAGGUAGCCGCUUUGUGUGUAACGCCAUCCCCCCGGGCGCAGAGCCCGGUUGCGGGUACGGCCCCGCAGGGAACCGCGUUCAGAGCAGUAGCCCAGUGGAGGACGAGCUGCGCAACACCAUCAUCCAACUUCGGGAGACUAUCCUGCAACAGAAGGAGACCAUCGUGAGCCAACAGGGGACCAUUAAAGAGCUCAACUCUAAGCUGGCGCGCUGCGAGGCAGCAGCCGAUGAGAUGUCUCAGAGUAAGCCUCGGGGUCAGGGCUCCAGACGCAAAGAGUACGGGAAGAACACCAUGGGAGACCUGCCCCGGGACCCCAGUGACACUAUAGACCAACUUGGCAAAACCAUGCAGACCCUGAAGGGUCGGCUGGAAAAUCUAGAGCAGCAAAGCCUGCGCCUCCCCAACACAAACUCAUCAGCUGGGGCAGCCUCGGCCCUGACUCCCCUGCCACCGGAGCUGCGUGAGCUGCUGCGCCAGCGUCUGGGGGCGCUGGAAACCCAGCUCCUUCGGAAGGUGGCUGAGCUGGAGGAGGAGAAGAGCCAGCUCUACAAUGAAACUGCUGCCCACCGCCAACGCACCGAGAGCGCACUCAACUCCCUCAUGGAGAGGAUCACGGAGCUUGAGAGAACGAAUAACGCCUUCAAGUCUCCAGAGGACUUCAAGGUGUCUCUUCCUCUUCGAACCAACUAUCUCUAUGGACGCAUCAAGAAGAGCCUUCCGGAAAUGUAUGCCUUCACUGUUUGCAUGUGGCUCAAGUCAAGCGCCAGUCCGGGCAUAGGAACCCCUUUCUCUUAUGGUGUGCCAGGCCAAGCAAAUGAGAUAGUUCUCAUUGAAUGGGGGAACAACCCUAUCGAGUUACUGGUCAAUGACAAGGUGGCCCAGCUCCCUCUCUCAGUGAGCGAUGGGCGCUGGCACCACAUCUGCAUCACCUGGACAACCAGAGACGGCUUCUGGGAGGCUUAUCAGGAUGGCGAGCGACUCGGCACUGGAGACAACCUGGCCCCAUGGCACCCAAUUAAACCUGGUGGGGUAAUCAUCCUGGGCCAGGAACAGGACAUCGUUGGAGGGCGUUUUGAUGCAACCCAAGCCUUUGUGGGUGAGCUAAGCCAGUUUAACAUGUGGGACAGAGUACUACGGCCUGUGGACAUCAUUGGUUUGGCUAAUUGUUCUGCCUACAUGCCCGGGAAUGUGGUUCCUUGGAUUGACGCCAAUGUCGAAGUGUUUGGUGGAGCAAGUAAAGCAGCUCUCGAAAUCUGUGAAGAUCGGGCUUUUGAUUCCUAAGGUACGCAAUUUAAGGAGCCCUGCUUGGAAAAAUAUUUUUUUUGUCAAACCCUAAAGAAAAGGGUAGUAUUGAAGUAUCCACCAUAGUCUAUGAGGCUUGGUGUUUAUUUGAUUUAAAAGAUUAAGUGUCUGUCAAGUUUGAACCCUGAAUACAUUCCAGGAGACUUCAAUGGUUCUCUCUGAAGAGGAAGACACAAUUUUUAUUUUUUUUUUGUCAGCUUUGAAGGUAUGACCUGCUGUAGUCUUGUUUCUUUAUUUUCCAUUCACAAGCUUACUUGUCUUUUGACAAGUCUUUGAGGACAUCUAAUAGUGGUUCUAUUUCUUAUUUUUUGCCAACACUGCAUUGUUUUCCUUGUUGAAUUUGAGUUCAAAAACGCUUUGAUGUGAGACAGAAAACUGUGGUUGAGCACCACAUCCUCUGAGCUUUUUUAGCUGUUUGAGGAGCAACAAGACAUGGAAGAAAGAUGAGGUGGAUGCUAAUGAGUUUGAACGCGACAACUGUCCAAAAUAAUAUGCAUGAGUCUGAGCAGUGCAUGCUUCCUGUCAACAUGCACAGUGAGUAAGCUGCGUCAAAACAGGGCAAUGCAGCGUGCUGCCAACAUUAUGUAAGACCAUGUGUUUGUAUGUUCCUGUGCUUAUGGCUUGUCUUGCGUGUAAAACAGACCAGAGGCUUAUAAAAGAGAGAGGGAGGACAUUUUCAUUCUUGCAAAUCUAUGCUUAAUACCUCAUUGCCCUUUGAGCAGCUGCCAUGCUCCCAAACAGCUUUCUGAAAUGGCUGGCUCUGCCCAGGUUAACAGCAAUGUCGGACAGCUGCCCAGUCCUGGCUAAACGACAGAGCUCUGGACGCCAGCUGAGUCCUCGGCGAGGGCAGGGACUUGGUCUGACCCUCAAGGACAAUCCCUAACCCCUCAUGUUGGAUGUAAUUAUCCAUGUUUAUGAAUGAAUGCAGCAUUGAGUGUCCCUGAUUUUCUGCUGUUUCUAAAUGUGUUUCAUUAAUUAAUUAUAAAACACUGAAAUGUAGAAGCAAAGUCAUAUGGGAACAGCCCUCUACAGACAUUAUGAAUGUUAUUAGAACAUGGAGCCUGCUCCUAAAUGUCUCACUCUGGACCGGUAUAAAGUUUUUGAUCCAUUAUUAUAUAUUUUUGAACAGUAUGGAGUGUAUUGGAUGUAUUUUGCCAUUAAUGAUGAUUAAAAUGAAUGGUUUUGCAGUCUAAAGUUUGUUAGUUUUCAAAUGGACAGUCUUAUAAGAACAUUUUAAUUGGUUUCCCAAUGACUAACAUCAUCAUAAAACUAGAGCUGCAUCAGGCUUUUGACUGGGGUUUUGUUUGAGCUCUGACUCACCAAUUUGAUAAAUCCUGGUUUUUAUUUGAAGGAUUUUAACAGAGAAGAUUAAAAGGUGCCACAUGUUUUUCUUUUCUUUUUUUUUUUUUUUUUAAAUCAAGGUUGUAGGUAUAAAUCAAAUGAAAAAUGAAGAAAUUACUUGGAGUGGUUUUGCAAAGAAUAUCAGAAUAGACUGAAUUUUUUUAAGUAAAUCUAAAAAAGUGUCUUAAAUGACACACUUCAAUGUUUUAUAAAGGAAGAUAAUACUUAGAACUUAGUUUUGAUGCAUUCAACUAGGAGCAAAAGUUAAUUUUAUAUACUGUAACACAAAGAAAAUCAAAUGUCCAGUUUCUGUAAUGCUAAACACUAAUUAAAGUUACAGAAAAUAAGAAUUAGCUCAAUUUUGAUCUCUGCCCAAUAAAUCAGUGCAGCUCCCAAUGGAAACCAAAAAGAAAAUGUUAUUUUUACUUAUGUUGGAGUUUACAGAUAAAUAUUAAUUUUAAAGUUUUAGUCUGACUGUAAAUUUCCAAAAAGAAAUGAAGCAGCAGUCAACUGGUUAGCACCAAACCCCAAAUGUCUACUGCAAUGAUUCGACAUUUUGUGAACACUGUCUUAUGAAUGUCUAUGCUGGCAAUGUUUUAUUGUAAAACUAAGAAAUUUAUGUCCUGUUUAAAAGUGUAUUUUCUUGUUCUAUCUCCACAUCAUUUUUAAGCUGCAAAUUAUACAAAGAAGCAAGAACACUCCAAAAGCUCUGUUUGACUGGCGAAUGGCCUUUUGUGAGAACCAUAUGUGCUUUUUUUUUUGCAAGUGGACACUUCAGAUUUUCUGUCAGCUUUUGUAGCACAACUUCUUGACAGUGGAGAAAAGCUCGAAAUGUGUUUGUUUUCUGCAAACUUUACCCACAUUAAGUUUUGCAAAUGUCUGUCAUGAAAACUGAUGUAUUUUUGCACCCAAUAAAAGAAUCUG